AUGUUGCCUCCUGUCGAAGAGUCCAUUCUUCAGAGUAACCCCAAGUUUGCAGAGUUGUACAAAAAACUUUCAACCAAUAUUUUAAAUCCUAAUGGUUCUACUAAAAAUCAUCCUGCUCAGAAAGAGCGGGAUGCGAUUUCUGGGGCACUAAAAACCGCCAGAAUAGAAGCCGCAAAAUCGCAGAUUCUGAUAUCUUCUCUGUCGUCCCUGGAUCUCUCACCACCGCCUCCCAUCCCCGCGAAACCUCGAACCCGAACUUCUCAACCCGCGCCGCCAAGAAAGGCUGCAGAAUUACCAGAUGAACUCAUCGAGCUGGUUAUUCUUCUCACAGCAAAGCUUUCUCUUCCCUCAAGCUCCCUUUCCAAACGCGAUAUUGCCCUCCUAGAAUCCACACCGACAUACCAUUCCCUCCUAACCCACCUUCCGCAACUGAGCGCCCUCCUCAGCACCAACCUCCACAACACCGCCCUCUCCCUUUCGCGAAUCCUUUCCCCGACAACAAACGCUUCUUUCCUGCAUCGCCAGAUCCCCAAUCUCCUCCCUAGCGUCUUGACUCUGCAAUCUUCUCUCCUCACGCAAUCUCAUUCUCUCGCUCUCGCCCGCACAACCCUAACCAACACCACGACACAGCUCCUAACCUUAUACCACCGCGCGACAGCCCUCAUAAUCCAACUCCUCGAGCGUUCAAAACACGGCCCCAUCACCCGACACACCAUUUCCAAAAUCUCUCUUCUCUCCCUCCAAUCCCAGACUAUUUCCCACGAAUUGCAACUCAAGUAUGUACAAGGAGAGAAAAUCAUCUACGACGAACGGACAACCGAAGCUUUACAAAAUUAUAUGCGGGAACUGCGUGGGGGUAGAGAGAGGUUGAAGGAGAGGGGGAAAUUGAAGGAGAGGGACUUAUGGGGAUAUGGAGUAGGAAGAGAGGACGAGAGGAAGGAAAGGCAGAUGAGGGAGAUUGCGAGGGUAUAUGGAGAACUUAGGGAAGAGCUGCAGGAGGUAAAAAGGGAUGUGGAGAGGUUGAGGGGAAGUUAA